AUGUCUACCUUCACCGACGAAGAGCUCGACCGCGACUGGAAGCCUAAUGGCCGCCGUCCUCAGUCCUCGAUAGCACCAUCGCCCGUUCUUUCUGCGGAGCUGAUGGACAUCUUUAAGAUCGACAACAGCGUUGCCGACCUUGACGAGCAGGUUGAUAAGCAGUACGUUAUCAAAUUCUCUUCGCAGGACAUCUCCUCCUUUCCGACGACUCCAUCCCGAUGUGAUGACAAGCAUAAUGUCACCCAGCAAACAACCGAGCUCGAGGAUCUGGAGAAGCGCCUGCGCGAAAUGGAGGAGCGUCUCCGUCGCUCCAAGGCUAGAUUAUCCCGCCAAGGCAUUCCCAACUUCGAUCCUAGCCUCAUCGAAGCGGCGGGCGCCCAGGCGCAGCAGCAGAAGCAGCAGCAGCAGCAGCAACAACAGCAGGCGCAGAACGCCCACCCUCGACACGUCGAGGAGCAGUUUCAGAAGAACAAGUCCCGGCCCGGAAGCUCCAUGACGGCCAGGCCCGCGCCUAGCGCAGGAGAUAUGCCGCCCACCCCGGGCGCCAGCGAAGGUGAAUAUGAAGUCGUGGACGCGGCUGAUCUUGACGAUGAUGAAGUGGCCCACCCCCGUUCCCGUCGAUCGUGA